UCAAGAGAGACGGGCGUCACGGGACGAGAGUAGACACUCGGAAGUGGGAAUUGUUCAUCGGCGAGAAAUCGGAGACCGGGGACGAAUCUCUUUGCUGUGAAGAUGUCGGGAGUCACCAAUCAGGAGGAAGACAAGAAGCCAGUGGAUCAAGGAGCUCACAUCAACCUGAAAGUCAAAGGCCAGGAUGGCAAUGAAGUUUUUUUUAGGAUAAAGAGAAGCACUCAAUUGAAGAAGCUCAUGAAUGCUUACUGUGAUCGACAGUCUAUUGAGUUCAACUCUAUUGCCUUUCUGUUUGACGGCCGCCGCCUUCGAGGGGAGCAGACUCCAGACGAGUUGGAAAUGGAAGACGGCGACGAGAUUGAUGCCAUGCUUCAUCAGACAGGAGGCGGCAUCGCCUAAAGUGUUGAAGCAGUAGGUAGUUUGUGUGAUAAGGUUAGUCGGAAUUACUAGUUUCUGUUUCGGAGGUAGUUUGUUUGUGAUUGGUAUGUCAGUUAUGGAAACUUAUGUACUGAAGAGGAAAAAAAACACUUGAUUUGAUUCCAUAUAGGAAUCUGAAAUUAUAUUGGAGUUUUUCCUC